UCAUGACUUUUCUGUAACACUGGUUGUGUUGGCGCUCCUCAGCUUACUCUCUACAAUCGAGACUAAGUUAGUCAGAAACCUUGCGAUAUGCAUAUUAACAGUAAGGAACCCAUGUCAUUGGUUCAACCUCUCUGUACCCUUUAGUCAUCUCAGCAGGAGCAAUGUGACACCUUCAAGGCGCAGGAGGCAUAUGACAGGGCGAGAACAAGGUGGGUGUGAGCAGACCAGCCACGGUCACUCUGAUAGUUCGGACAGGGGAAGUAUUCUCAAGCUACAACCACUGGACGUCUCACGGUAACACAGCGGUGACCAUCGCUGAGUGAAACACGGCGGCGGCUAUUUCAUUUUUGCAGAUGUGAUCCAGUGACAAUCACUGCACAACAAGAGAAAAAUAGCAAUGACAAACACUGGGAAACCUGCUAUACAAGAUCAGAGAAGAGUGAAACUCAACUCAAUUUUCUGCAGCUGCAAGGAAACCCAGCAAAGCAUCUGUUAUGUGGUUUGGUUUAUUGUUUAGCUGUGGCUUAACUACUGUGCACUGAAGCUACUUGCAGUCCGGAGAAGCAGUCCCUUCUGGAUUGAAGAAUUUCAUGGUUGGGUUUCACAGCCAGCUGUCACUUCCUUCAUGUUAUACAGUAAACUCUGCGUGUGGAUGCCGAACACUAGCAGCUAACACCAAUGGACUUAAACUAUCUUUACUACACAGCCAGCAUCUUUGGAUUUCUGGAUCUGGAUUAGUCUUCCCUCAAUGCGCCAAUGGAUCCACUCUCAAACUUUGAAAAGUAUUGUUUGGUUUGUAUAGAUUGAUUGAUUCCAACCAGACUUUUGGAUUACUCAAAAUGCUGAAUUGUUAACUGCAUUCUUUACAGGAUUACAGAUUUAUCACAUUAAACAGUGGAUGCUAUUUAGUCUGAAGUGGAUAAUCUACACAAAUACGCUGCUGCAUUCAGAGCCAGCAGCAGUCUUUCAUAUAGAAAUCUUAAGUUACAUUUAGAUCUGGUCAGAGGUUUGGUCCUGGGUCCAGAUGUUCCUCAACACGAUGCUCGUGGUCCUGACGGACCUGGUGGCCCGGGUCAUGGGUAACACUGUGUUCCGGAAGCACUUCCACCUGCUGCUGUCAGUAAUGGUGAUGUUCGGCCCUGCACUGAGCCUCUGGGUCUCCCAGCACAGCGUCUUUGCCAAGAGAAGCCACUUCCUCUACAGGAUGUUCUUGCGCUCUGGUUGGGGCUGGACCUGCAUCUUUGUCGGCUCCUUCGUCUUCCUCCUCUCCUUCUCCAUCCGUCGCUCUCUCUCUCUCUCCAUCCGUCACCUCUCCCGGCUCGUGGUGGCUGGCGGAUUGUGGUUCAGUUUCUGUAAACUCCUGGACCUUCUGGAGAACACCACCGGAAGCUGCUACGAACCUUUACUCACCGGCCCAGAGGUCGCCAACGGGCAGCCUCUGUUGGUGUUGCGAGAAGGGGAGAGUAAGUCUGUGUGCCUCAGAGCUGGGAUGCUGUGGAGGGGGUAUGAAGUUUCAGAAGAUGUGUUCCUCCUCUGUCUCUGCUGCUUGCUGUUGGCUGAGGAAACAGCCGUGUUCGGCCCUUAUCUGAGCCUGGGUGGGAUCUCAGGUGCCCCACUGAGGAUCCUCUUCCUGUUCUGUGUUCUGCUGCUCUGGCUCUGGAUCUUUCUGCUGCUCUGUCUCUUAGCGUACUUCCCUCAGUUCCCCACUCAGCUGCUAGGAGGCGCUCUGGGGUGUCUGAGCUGGAGGGGACUGUACCAGGGUUGGUAUCGCCGGGGGCCCAGCUGGUACUGCCCCGGGAGGCCUGGACUGGGACUGCUCAACACCAAGACCAGCAGUGCUGAAGCAGAGGACGCACAAGUGAACCAUGACCACUGCAAUUAACUGAAUAAAACAUACAUAUGUUUUAACUCUGAGACAAAGAUGAUUUAAAUCAUGAGCUCUAGGUGGUUGUUUGGAGAUGACCUGUCCAUUUGCGUUUGUUGUCUUCUUUUAACAGUAGAAAAUCCUGUUGAAACUUGGAACAAACAAAUGGACAAAGUGGGCAUUAAAAAAUGUAUCUGUAUAACUCUAUAUGUAUCAAAUGUGCCAAGGAAGCAAAUACAUGCUCUAGUUAUUCAAAGGCUUGUUUCCUGUGACAUCAUAACAGGGGGUCAAAGUAGAUGACAGGAGACUCUCCACAGGACAGGAAUUCAGAACGAGGGGCAGUUGCCAUUUAGAUUCAGGCUGGAAAUGUUUGAGAAACUCAGAUUUACCUGGAACACAGCUUGUUCGCAAUGCGGAAAGAAAAAGGACUCACUGAAAUGUUUUGAUGGAAAUUUGACUUGAAAAUCCAAUAAAUGGAGAACUUGUGUAAUCAAAGACUCCAAUUCUGUAAAGCCUGUUGACAAGAUGGUGGACAGAUGCUAUGAAACAGCCGUGAGUUUCUCUAUCAGUGUCUUAUUUUGCACGAGUAACAUGUUUGAUAAACAACAAAAACUGUCUCAAAGCACCUGAACAGAGAAGUAAACACAUGUUCUCUAUUGUUCAGAUG